AUGAAGAUUCCAACUCCCCAGCAGCUCCAACAACUCCACGUCUCUCUUGGCGGGGGGAAUUAUGAGCCCGUAGCAACUUAUGACUCGACGAAGGCCACAUAUCUCCAAGAUCAGGAGGCUCUGCAAGAAAGCCUCUUGCGAUUAUGUCCCGCCAACGGGUGGCAUAAAAGUUCUAGAGCAGCCUGCUCUCCUCGGCCGGUUCUCGUCAGUUCGGAGCAUCAGCGGCGAUGGAGGGAGCUUCAUGAAGCUCUAGUCCUAGCUAUCACCGACAUUGUCGAAAGAUGGCUGACAGACUCCGAGGCUAGGUUCCCGGAACGGAUGCCUUUGGAGCCAGAGGAGGAAGAUCUACUGCGCUGGAUUGACCAGCAAGUGCCUCACAACCUUCCCCAGUACCGAGACUGUCGGGGCUCAUGGAGGCCGGACUUCUUGGUGGAAGAGGACACCAGUGAGGAGAGCUCCGGGCCUGUCGAGAACUUUGCCAUCAGUGAGAUUAAUGCCCGGUUCUCCUUUAAUGGCUUUAUGUUCGCCACGUGCGGACAACAGGCAUUACACGACAUGGGUAUUUGCGACCAUGGCAAUGGCCUGGUAGGCGCCACUGAUCCGGCGAAGAUCCUCAAUGGCCUCUUAAGCCUCUUCCAGCCUAAUCUUCCAUUGCACCUUCUGAAGGGUGAUGAAGCUGGGAUUGACAUCCACAUGGUAGUAGACUUCCUCACCCGUUACUUGGGAAUAACUCCCCGAUUUGUUCUGCCUGCAGAUCUGAGGUUGCUACCGGACCCGCAGGCAAAGGGAGGCUACAAGCUCUGCUGUGUGGUUCAAAACCUGGAUAGCUCCCCGGAUUCUUCCUCAGUAAUCCACCAUAAUGGAGAGGCCCUAGAGGAAAUUCAUCAGGUCGGUCUGGAACUUCACCAACGGGAGCUCCGUGCCUUAGAGCCGGAAAUGCUCCGGCAAAUCAGUCUUCGGUGCUUUAACGACUUGCGUACCAUCCUGCUCGUUCAUGAUAAGAGAAUGCUUGGGAUCGUCAAACAGGAACUUGACCGUUUAGUGGCAAGAAACGUUCUCACAUUGUCCCAGGCCAAAGUCCUCGAUAAGGGCAUCCCGGAAACAAUCCUCCCGGGGUCGCUGGAGCUUGACCAGGCAAUCGCAUACUGCAAGGAAAUACCAGACUUAAAGAAUGAGUAUAUUCUCAAGCCCAUUCGGAGCGGAAAGGGUGACGGGAUCGUGUUCGGCGAGGAUUUGGACACAAAGGAGUGGAUUUCAAGAUUGGAGGGCCUGCGGUGCGCUGCAUUGAUUCCGGGUGGAACCUGUAUUGUCCAACGCAAGGUCAAGCAGAUUCUUUGCGCAACGCGACCAAGCCAUGUUGCAGAAGUUUCGAACACCCUCCGAAAAAGCGGCAUCCUCAAAGUCAGUCUACAGUUCAAAGACGACGCUAGCAAAUAUCUCCAAAAUCUCAUUCUCGGGCUCCACAAAAACCACGGACACGGAUUGCCCACUACACAUAGUGCAUCGCGCGGUUGGUUCUGGGACGUCCGACCAAAUAGCACGACAUUCCAAACCCCAUCUCAUCAAGCGCGGUCCGAGACCAUGCAGGAAUUUCCUUGGCAUACGGACUGUAGCUACGAGGAGGCUCCAGCCAAAUACUUUGCGUUACAGGUUUUACGGGAAGAUCGAUGUGGCGGCGGUACGCUCUCUGUAAUGAAUGUGGGAAAGCUAAGCUCCAUGCUCUCUCCGUCUACAUGUGCUGCACUGCUAAGACCCGAAUUCCGCAUUGAUGUUCCUCCCGAGUUCGUGAAAAGCGACGCUAGUCGACACAUUAUUGGGAGCCUAAUGGCUGCUGACUCGAGUGGUGCGCCAAGUAUGCUGCGUUUCCGAGAGGACAUCCUCACUCCUCUGAGUGUGGAGGCUGCGGCCGCGCUAACGGAGCUAAAGGAUUGUUUGUUGGGAUUGGAGGUGCAGGCGGAGACGCUCCAUCUUACGCCAGACUGUUUACCUCGGGGUUCUAUCGUGCUGAUGGAUAACCACCGGUGGCUUCACGCGCGAAAUGAAGUUAUGGACCCCGAGCGGCACUUGCGCAGGGUGCGCUGGCAUGCGAGCCCAUUUCCUGCCGUGACUAUGUAG